AUGGCGCGGUGCGCGGCGUGGCGGCGGUGGCGGGACACUGCCGCCGGCUCGCAGCUCGCUCCGGCGACGCAAGCCGGGUUACAUAAACGCUGCAGCCGCGGCAGCGCGCUGCCCGCGCCCACCUGUCGGCUGUCGCGCGUUUUGGCAUUGCGUGACCAAGUGGGUGUUGCGUCUUUGAGAAAUGCAACAGAUUGCCGACAUUUCUGCGGCGCCUUCGUACUGACGCCACACUUCGCCAUCACAGCGGCGCACUGCGUAGAACACGACGCAAAGCAUUACUCUGUCCACCUCAACAACUACUGCAAUAGAGACAAUGAGACGACGCCUCAUACUGAAGUAUUGGAAGUCAUUACACAUCCAUUGUACAAUCGAAUCACACGCGCCCACGACAUUGCAGCGUUGAGGUUGCAAUUUGAUUUAGAUGACAUAAGUUGGCUUGAUGGUACAGUGUUACCCAAUUCCUCGUUCGGUUUAUCAGGAAGCUGCACAAUUUACGGCUACGGCUAUAGAGACCUAAAUACAAAAGAGGUUUCCCGGACGUUGCUCGCAGCGCACGUGAACAUUGUAUCCCUUGAUGAAUGCACUGAAGCACUGGGACAAUACGUGGCUCCGGAAUAUGACGCCGGGAUGAUAUGCGCUUUAGGCGACGGAGUGGACGCUUGUGAGGGUGACUCCGGUGGCCCGCUCAUGUGCGCUGGUAAGAUCGAGGGUAUAGCGAGCUUCGGGCUCGGCUGCGGCAUACGCGGCCUGCCAGGAGUUUACACCGGGAUUGGAUCCAACUUACAUUGGCUGAGGAGUUUGCUGGAAGAUACACAAUAAACCAACUAAACGUAGAUACCGAAUACCUCAUCAUUUAUUAGCAUAUUUUAAGGUCCCUUUACAGGGCCAGACAGGCCAGACUAUUCUUAUAUAAGAAUAAGGGAUAGGAAGGGAUAAGGAGCUGCUACAAUGCGGGUUGGCUUUGGGUGAUGAUGUUAAAUUCAUUAACGACCAUUACUUAUGAUGUUAAUUAUAAUGACCGGGUCCGAGGGCUUAAAUUAAAGUGCUCUGAGAAACAGGGGGGAAACGACCACGCGGCCGAUCACCUACCCGCUGGUCUGACCGGGUUAAGUCACUCGCUGGACUCCCUGUAACAACAGCCAUUAGAAAAGCUGAGUACCGGACUGUGUGGAAGCAAAUUGUUAACAACGCAUCGAAGGGACUGCAGUGCGGACACGACCUUCAGCAAUGAAGAAUGCGACCAAGAAAAAGAGAGAGAGUGAAGAGAGAAACGGGGUUGUAACACCAACAACUUCUCACUCAGGUUUGAAAAUUUUUACUGAAAAUUUCUUACAAGUAAUCUCAGUAUUAAACAACUCAAACCCAGGACCUCGUGAUCCGAAGCAACAGGACCAACGGGGCACUGGGCAGUAUUUUUUUAGUUCUUCCAUAUUUUCCCGUAGAGUAACUUAACCGAUUGAUAAAUUAGAUCCGUGUAGACGGCGCUAGUAUCACUCUAGUGAUAGCUCGUAGAUAACACUCCCAUGAUAUGCGGGCGAUAGGGGGAAAAGCUGCGCGGGUGUGAAAACGUGCGUGCAGGGAAGUGACGUGCAUCCGUCGUGGGGUUUUCAUUCUUCGCUACACGCCCCCCCGGCCCGCGCGGAACAUCGAGUGUUACGAACAAAGUUGCCAAGCCAUAGCGGUAUAUCAGUAAAAGGCAUAAACAAUACCUACUAACAUUUUAAGUACUUAUAAAACUACUGUCAGUUAAAUGCGAAAAUCUGUCCGUCACUUUUCACAAAAUUUUCAUGAAACUGCCUAAAAUUUCAAGUUACGUGUAUUUAUAAAAAUUGGUAGGUAGGAUUCCCCUUCUUUUGAAAAAAAUCAAGGUUAGGCAAUCAGUAGAUACUGUAGCCAUUGAAAUUAAGUCAUCCCAAGGAUUUAAACAUUAUUCUAAGGACGCCAAGCCAUAUUGGAGCAGAGUGGUGAAUAUA